GGCGCGGUGCAUCAUGGGAGAAAGUAGCUGUAGCCAAAACUGUUUCACCUCAGCUGGAGAAAGAGAGCUGCAAACAAGAAACAUUCCUACCUCUAUCGCAACGGCUGGUGAUGGCGGAAGGAAGGAUGCCGAAGUUUCCUGCCUCGGAGGGCUUCAGCUCGACUCCCGUCAAGAGUAGCCAAGAUAAAAGCUACCUCCCAGCCAAAGGUUUGGAUAAUGGCGUCGUGUCUGACGAUGAGGACACAUUCUCGCUGCUUUCUCCCAUCUAUCAUGACAGCUUCGACAGCGAUGAAGAAGAGCUGGGAUCUAUCCCAUCUCAACAGACUUCACCCAGACACAGCGAGGAUUCGAGGCUGUGUGCAUCACCAGACAGAUGUGAGCUGCCCAGAACGCCUUCAAAGCUGAAGCUCAGGGAACCUGUGUGGCCUGAAGGCUCACCUUCACUCAGCGCAUGGGAGACGUGGCUGCUGAGCAAAGCUAAGGAGGAUCGUCUUAGACAGGAGAAGAAAGCUGAAGAGGAACGGCUACUCAGAGAAAAGGAAGAACUACAGGAAAGGGAACGAGAACAGAAGAAGCUGGUCAUGGAAGAAAAGAUCCACAAAUGGUUAAAAGUUAAAAGAGAGCAAGAAAGGAGCAAGGAACUUGUUAAACAAAGGAGAGAGGAAGAGGAGAUGCAGAGGCAGCAGGAGAAACAAAAGGAGAUCGAACUGAAAGCCCAACAAAAAUAUAAAGACUGGCUGCAAAAGAAGAACCAAGAAAAAAUGGAAAAGGAAAAGAAGGAGAAGAUGGAAGCUGCCCUGAAGGAGGAGCAGGAAAGAGAGCGGCGUAGGAAGGCAGAGGAGAAGUUUAAGGAUUGGCUGACAAAAGCCAACGAAAAACUCAAAGCUAGUCCCAAAACACAUUCCUACCCGACAAGUCCCUAUGACAGUUCUUACCCAGCACCCAGCUUCUACAAUCCCAUCCCCUGGAAACCAAUUCAUGUGCCUCCUCCUGAAACAUCCCCAAAAAAUACAUCGAGCAAGAAACCUCAGAAGCAGAAAAAAACUCCAUGCACUGUUUUAAGACAAAGAAACACUGCAGGAACACCACAUUAUCUAUACAGACGAUGACACAAACAAGGUGAUGCAGAGAGCUUAGACACAGCUCCAUGACUCAUGUAAACCAGCAAAGCCCUAUGAAUGAAUCUCUGCUGAGUCAUGAAAGGACUUCUCUGUUAAAAGGGCUCAGGAUUUGUUGCUGUGUUUACUAUUUUAUAUUGCCUUCGCUUAAAGAAAAUCUGAAUGAUUUUUUUAAUGAUUUUUAUAUGAUUAAGUUCAUAGAGUUUUUAGAAAUGUAUUUUUGUUUUUUGAUAGUUUGAUUUCAAAUUACUGGACAUUUGCACAUGUUACAGG